AUGAUUCAAUUGAAGGAUGACUACAACAACAGAGGUUGUCUUGUUGGAAGUUGUUCCCUCAAUUGUUGGGCCAAGUACAAGAUUAGCCAAAGAUCAAUCAAGUUACUCAAAGAGAUCAAGAAUUUGAAGACGGAAUAUGAUGCUUUCAAAGAAAAAACAGAGGCACAACCUCCAAGAGCAGUUAGGGAGAUCCCAACUUCAUCAAUUGCUGUGGGCAAGAUUUUCAAGUUAAAUCUUGAGAAAGUUCAUGGUUACUUGGCAGAUGACAAUGUAUCAAUGGUGGGGAUUUGGGGCAUGGGAGGGGUCGGAAAGACAACUCUCUUGAAUGAAAUCAAUAACUCAUUACAAGUUGGUGGUGCCAACAUGGGGUUCAAGCAUGUCAUUUAUCUGGUGGUUUCAAAAGAACCUCAAUUUGAGAAGCUUCAAAAGGAGAUAUCUAAAAGGUUGGGAUUGGCCUCUAACUCUGAGAAGAGUGACAUAUUUGAGUUUUUGAAGAACAAGGACUUUUUGAUGCUAUUAGAUGAUAUGUGGAAGGCAGUGGAGCUUCCUGAAAAACUUGGUAUUCCACUUCCUCAUCAUCAAAACAAGCACAAGGUGAUCUUCACAACCAGAAAAGAUGAUGUGUGUGCUCGUAUGAAAGCUGACAAGAAGAUCAAAGUUGAAUGUUUGGAUGGAGAAGAAGCAUGGCAUCUUUUCAAGCAACAUGCAAAUGAAGAGACCAUCAAUUCCAAUGCUGGUAUAAAAAUUGCAAUGAAAGUUAUGGAGAAGUGCUUUAGGGCUUUACCACUUGCCCUUAAAGUUAUUGGUGGAGCCAUGUCGAAUAAGAAGAAACCUCAAGAGUGGCGUGACAUGCUCAGUGGCCCCGAAGAUAAGGAGAUUUGUGUGUUUGGUCUUAUAGAGUAUUGGAUUGGAAUUGGAUUGAUCGAUGACUUCAGAAACAUUGGAGAAGCUUUUGAUAAGGGAUAUAAUCUCAUUGGAAACUUAAAUGCAGCAUGUUUGGUGGAAUUGCACAAUAGGUUUGGUGAAGAUUAUGUCAAAUUACAUGAUGUGAUUCGUGAUAUGGCACUGUGGAUUGUCUCUGACUGUGGGAAGAAAAAGAACAAAUGGAUUACAUGUACAAUAGAUGGCGAUGAUCUUAGUCAAUCUAUAGAGUGGGAAGCAGGUACUUGGAAGGAGACAGAACGAAUAUUUUUCGAAAUGGAUAAUUGGGAGAGUGACACAAUCUUAUUAAAUAAUCUAAAUAUUGAUGCACCAACUUCUCCUCGAUAUCCUAAUCUUAAGAGUCUAUUUAUUAAUGCAGGAUUUACUAUCUCCUACGCCCGGUGGGGUAAUAGGUUCCUAAAUAUUUUCCCUCACAUGCCAUCUCUCAUAUACUUGAAUCUAUCUAGGGCACCUAUCUCUGAUGUUUCAAAAGAAAUUCGAGUUCUAGUCAAUCUUCGUUACCUCAACAUCAGCAACACAUUCAUUUGGUCACUUCCACCUGAAUUCAAAGAGCUGAGGGAAUUAAAAUACUUCAUUUGUAGAGAUGGCCCAAGUAUAAAGGAUGGGUUGUCUAUAUUAUCAAGGUUACCCAAGUUGCAAGUGAUUGAUCUUUAUGAAAAUAAUUGUUUAGAAGCAGAUGAUUUGAGUUUAUUGAAGACAAGAGUUAAAGAGAUUGGGGCAAUCUGGAUUGCGGCGUUGGAAAUUGUUCACGCCAGCACCGAGGUGAGACUGCUGGAGCUGGUCGACGCCAUGGACGCAUCUCAAGGCCAUGAGGGAUACUAUUCUCGAGAAAGAUUGAAUUAG